AUGGAGCACCUACGACGCUCUGCCCAAACCUCUAGUGAGGAUUCGCUGAUCUCGCUCAGCUCCUCUUUGCGUGCUAAUAUCAACCUAACCAACCAACUUUCUGCACUUCUGGAUGGGGCACAUGAUGACGAUGUGAUCCAACAACUGAGUCUAGAUGACUCUGUAUACACAGAAAAUAUUCUGCUCAGAGUUCUCACUUCAGACUCAGUUACAAGUACAACCUCAUCCUCAUCCUUCGCUCAGUUACAGCAAAGUCGACAAGUUCUCACUUCAGUUGGCUAUCGUGUGAUCGGAUUCGGACAGUGUGACCUUGUUUUUGAGCGAUCUGGACGAAACUACGUGCUAAAAAUUGCCAAACCAUCAUAUGAAGACACUCUAUGGAAUGACUUUAAGGCGCAUUUCACCCCAUCUCGUGCCCUUGCGGCCUUGAAUGACAAGAACCGUGAUUGUCUAGCUCGUGUUUACUUGGGUCGGCGCCGCCACCUCAAUAUCCUGUCCGCAAACUUCACACUACGCAACUUCAACCUCCAUCUAGACCAAAUGGUCGAAUUUAAUCCGCCCGUCAAAUAUUUUGCGAGUGCAAUGGGUGAAGCUUUGGCAGUUAUUCAUUGGUCCGCACAUGUGGAUGGCUACGAUAUUGAGUUUGUCCUCGGGAGUGAAGGCGACACUACCUACUCACAGGGUGUUUCCGUCUCAAUCAGACCUGAGUUGACUCCACAGCGGUUAGCCGCUAUGAAGCCACACAUAGAUAUCGAGUCCCUGAUCACAGUCAAUUCCAAGAGGCGAACAACGCGUUUGUGGAUACUAGACUUUAAUCUAUGUCAUAUCUGGGAUGAAAUAGCAGCCUGA